UGUCCCCAUCAGAGUGCCCCCUUACAUCAGUGUCCCCAUCAGAGUGCCGCCUUACAUCAGUGUCCCCAUCAGAGUGCCGCCUUACAUCAGUGUCCCCAUCAGAGUGCCGCCUUACAUCAGGUGUCCCAUCAGAGUGCCCCCUUACAUCAGUGUCCCCAUCAGAGUGCCGCCUUACAUCAGGUGUCACCCAUCAGAGUGCCGCCUUACAUCAGGUGUCCCAUCAGAGUGCCGCCUUACAUCAGGUGUCCCCAUCAGAGUGUCCUCUUACAUCAGGUGUCCCCAUCAGAGUGCCGCCUUACAUCAGAGUGCCGCCUUACAUCAGUUGUCCCAUCAGAGUGCCGCCUUACAUCAGGUGUCCCCAUCAGAGUGCCCUCUUACAUCAGGUGUCCCCAUCAGAGUGCCGCCUUACAUCAGGUAUCCCAUCAGAGUGCCGCCUUA